AAACCUGGGCUCUGACCUCCUCCGCUGCAGGACUGCUCUACUCGGCUACCGCUAUAAAUAUCCGCUCUUCCGCUUCCUCGGCAUACGGUCGAACACCUCCCGUGCGUCCGCGUCGCCGGAGGGAAGCCUAUUCGAAGAGCACCGGACCAAUAGGAGCCCCCCACGCCUCAAGAGAGCUUACCUUGGGACGAGAGAAAGAAGAGAAGAGGCGGGAGGGCGAUGAGCAUCGUUCCAAAGGAGACGAUCGAGGUCAUCGCGCAGAGCAUCGGCAUCGCCAACCUCUCCACUGAUGUCGCCCUCGCUCUCGCCCCCGACGUCGAGUACCGCCUCCGUGAGAUCAUGCAGGAGGCGAUCAAGUGUAUGCGCCACUCGAAGCGGACGGUCUUGACGGCGGACGAUGUGGACAGCGCACUUAGUCUGAGGAACGUGGAGCCUCUUUAUGGAUUUGCAUCUGGGGAUCCUUUGCGGUUUAAAAGGGCUGUAGGGCAUAAGGAUCUGUUCUACAUUGAUGACAAAGAUGUGGACUUAAAGGAUGUGAUCAAUGCACCUCUACCUAAAGCACCACUUGAUUCUGGAGUAGUGGCUCACUGGCUAGCUAUUGAAGGGGUGCAACCUGCAAUUCCCGAAAAUGCUCCUGUGGAAGCAAUUGUAGCCCCAUCAGAGAAUAAAAGAUCUGAGCACGGCAAAGAAGAUGGACUUCCUGUUGAUAUUAAGCUCCCUGUUAAACAUGUAUUAUCAAGAGAACUUCAGCUCUACUUUGAUAAAAUCACGGAGCUUAUUGUAAGUAGGUCAGAUUCAAUCCUUUUUAAAGAAGCUUUAGAGAGUUUAGCAACAGAUUCAGGGCUUCAUCCGCUGGUUCCAUAUUUUUCAUACUUCAUUGCAGAUGAGGUCACCCGGAGUUUAAAUGAUCUGCCCCUUUUGUUUGCUCUAAUGCGUGUUGUCCGAAGCCUUCUCCGGAAUCCACACAUUCAUAUAGAGCCUUAUUUGCAUCAGUUGAUGCCAUCAAUGAUAACAUGCAUUGUUGCCAAACGGUUGGGGCAUAGGAUUGCAGAUAACCACUGGGAACUAAGAGACUUUGCUGCAAAUUUAGUAGCUUCAGUGUGCAGAAGAUUUGGUCAUGUGUAUCACAAUCUUCAAUAUCGGUUGACUAGAACUCUUCUCAAUGCUUUUCUGGAUCCAUCUAAAGCUAUGACACAACAUUACGGUGCCAUUCAAGGGCUUGCUGCAUUGGGACCCAGUGUGGUUCGUGUUCUCAUUCUACCACAGCUGGAGACGUAUAUGCAGCUUUUAGAGCCAGAGAUGCAACUAGAGAAGCAGAAGAAUGAGAUGAAGAGGAAAGAAGCUUGGCAUGUCUAUGGUGCCUUGCUGUGCGCUGCUGGUAAAUGUCUGUAUGAACGGGUCAAGUUGUUCCCUUCUUUGCUUCAUCCACCAACACGUCAAUUUUGGAGGAGUAAUGGAAGAGUUGCAACUAAAAUGCCAAAUAAACGCAAGGCAAGUAGCAGUCACUUGCUGCAGCAGCCAGCCCUCAAAAAACUUGCAUCUGAUGGCACAGCGGGUUCAAUCCCUCCCAUUUCCAUGACAACCAGCAUGCAAGCGGCAGCAGACGGGUUUCCAACUCCAAGUGAGUCUGGCAUUAGGCCAUCCUCUUCCACAGGGCAGUUAUCCAAUGAGAGCAUCUCUGGUGGAAGCAGAAAGGAAAAGAGUGGUGGCAAAGCUCCAACGCCAUCCACUGUCUUGGCCCAAGCUUGGAAGGAGGACUUGGAUGCGGGCCAUCUCAUGGCAUCUCUAUUUGAGUUGUUUGGUGAAGGCAUUUUCUCAUUCAUUCAGCCAGUAGAAAUGUCAUUCUUUCUGUAAUCAACAGUUUGAUAGGUUUCGAACCAAGUAGCUGACAUCAUGGGAGCUGUAACCCGGAAACAGUAUUCAGGUUAUAUGUGCCUUGAUGCAAAAAAGUAUGGCUCAGCCUGUAAGAUGUUCCUGCUGUAUCCUAAGUGCAUAUUUUGUCUGACUCAGGGUUUGUAUCCCAGCUGCAUCAUUCGACAAAUUCAGAGAUCACAACUUAUGAGGUUAAUGUUAUGAUUCGUACUUUGUUUAUUGUUGGGAAGCA